CCGCAUUGCACACACUAGCAGUGCACACAACGCGUGUGCACACACGAUGGUCGGCCAUGCUUUCCGUGCUAGCUGGUGCCCGAACGUCGGAAAAACUCAAAACACGCUGAAUUCUCGCGUACUCGAUUUUAACGCCAGGUACCACUGAGCCUUUAGAUGCACCAUCAUGGCCAGCCAAAAAGAAAACAGUGAAGAGCCCGAGAAUCUUCGGAAGAUUUUUCUCGGGGGUCUGAAUCGCUCCACCACCAAGGAAGAACUGAAGACGCAUUUUGAGCAGUUCGGCAAUGUGCUGGACUCCAUCGUCAUUCUCAAUGCCCAGAAGCAGUCCAAGGGCUUCGGCUUUGUCACCAUGGCAAGCAUUGAAGAAACGGACCUGUCGUUACGGGAGAACAAUUGCGGGAAACACGAAAUUGGCAAGCAAAAGGUGGAGGUGAAACGCGCCAUUCCACGCGAUUCCAACAUCUCGCCUGACUCCACCAACCAAAUCUUUGUCGGGAACCUGGGCACCGACAUCACAGAGGACCACUUAAGGGAGUACUUCAGCGAAUUCUCGCCGGUCAAGAAGACCAAGGUCAUCAGAGAGAAAGGCGGCGGGGACAAAAGCCGGGGGUUUGGUUUCGUUGAGUUUGAGGAGCCUUUUGGCCACCAUGCCGUAGACAAACUAGCAAUAAUGGAGAAGCAUCCGCUUGAAGGUCGGAUGGUCUACUGCAACAAAGCAGAAGAGAGACAAAAUAAGUACGAUAACUACUUCGGGAAAGAUCAAAAUGCGAGAGGAGCAGCAGGUUUCUUUAGUAGGAGCCCGAUCAGAGGAGGCAAUGCUGGAUACUACGAGGGAUAUGGAGGUGGUAAUUACGGUUACGGAGGGGGCGGAGGAAGGGGUGGCUACGGCGGUGGGGGGUACGGGGGUGGCGCCUACGGUGGUGGCAAUUACGGUGGGGGAGGCUACGGUGGUGGCGGCGGUGGUUAUGGCGGCGGUGGUUAUGGUGGUGGCAGUUAUGGCGGAGGCGGUUAUGGAGGGAGUGGGGGCGGUGGCUACGGUGGGGGAGGCGGCUACGGAGGGGGGAACUACAAGGGGGGAUAUUAGCGCUCGUCUUCUACACAGUCUCGUGAAUGUGUGGAGGACUUGUACAUUUACAGUACAAUAGCAGUAAGAUGCAGUGUUGUCCCUCAUCAGAGACCGACACCACUUCAUGACCAUCAAGAUUACAUCCGGCAAGACUUGCACGGGCGCUUCACGGUGAAAGCGCAUCGAUUUCAGUUUUCCUCGUAGAGUAUACUUACUUGUCCCUAUCCUUCUUACAAUCAGGUGCCAGUGUUGAAAGUCAAGUCCAUAACCAGUCCGGUCAAACGUUAAUCACAAGUUCUGCGUUGCCUCUGGCAGGUUUUAGGGUUAAGACACAACUCCCGUAAAGAUUAAGACAUCUAACCUUGACGUCAAAACAACCUUGUUAACCAAUCACAGUGCACUUUUCAACUCCUCCCUUGAAAGUGUGCCCACAAAUUGUCCAAUCAGGGCGCAUUAAAAUUAGCCUGUACUAAGGCCAUUGGUUUUGUGGUUGCAGUGUCCCAGCAAACAUUUCCCUGUCCCGAUUCUCCGAUUAGGAUCUCAUUGUCUUGCGGUGCAAGGCAUGCGAGCAACUCGCUCAAUUUUCCUUCUGAAAUUCUUGGGCUCAAAAGUAACUCCAACUGCUUUAGGAUAGUGUCACAAUGCUGUCUUGUAAACUGUAUUAAGGUAUUGAAAAUACCGCUGUUUUAAUAUACAUGCAUACAUUUGUGUAGAAUAUUAGAUGUACAAUUCUUGUGGGUUUUAAAAAGAUGUGCCUACUUAAACCCAUAAACAAUAUUUACUGUAGAUUACUUAUUAGUGUUACUUUUGAGCCCAAGAAACCGAGGAAGUUGUCUUUUUAUUUGGGGCGGAGCUCCAAGGAAGUCUUGAAUGGGACCUGACGUGGUCAUUGGUGUUAUGUAUGAAUUACACACUUUGCUGGCUCUGUCAUUGGCUGACAGUUUUGGCCAACAAUGAAUAUUCAUAUUGUUUUAUGAAUAUUUGUUCUUGCUGCUAUUGUAAUGUAACAAAAAAAAAAUUCCUAUCAAUUGUAAAUAAUUCAAUCCAAAGAUUCACUUUUUGUAUUUUUUGGGUCGAAAGUGGUCAAACUGCUGUACUGGCAGAAAAAAAAAGAAAAAAAAAGACCACACUGAAAUCUGGUCGACAAAACGUUGAGCAGAAACAAAAAAUUUCGUAAGAAAUUCUUCCAACCGAAUUUUUUAGUUUUUUCGUGAACUAAGAUCUGUGGCGUCACCCUUAACUUCAUCGCAGCGUACUUUCUUGGAAAUUAAUGAGUAAGAAAAUGAAAUGUUUAGUGAUACUCUCUGUACAUGUAUUGUAAUUGGCUAUGAAUGAUUGGAUGAGAAUCGUCAAUCGUAAGGUAACUGCAAAAAUAAUUUCAAAUUUCUCAGCUUUUAUUCCAAUUUUAUUUUUUAUUUUAUUUUUUGGUCGCCUUGUUUCUUUUGGUUUUUGGAUAUUACAAGCAGUGGCAAGGAGAGUUGAUAAGUUCAAGGAGAAACACAAGUUUAUUGGGGAAUAUUGUCGACCGUUUGCUGUAACUGGUAUCUUCUGAUUUGACUGAAGAAGUAAGUCAGUUAUUGAGAGACUUAAAAAAAGUCUUGUGCACAACUCAAGCUCAUAUUUUAAAGAACGGCUAAUUGCUAAGCACACUAUUUUGCUGAAACAACAUGAAAUGUCAGCCUAGCUAAAACAAAACUACAACAAGAACAACAAUAACAAUAACAACAACAAACAAAGGUGACUGGUUUCCAGCUAGUUACUUAAGGCGGCAUUUUCAUUUCUAUUGGUUGCAGGUAACCAGUCAAACAUGUCAUGUGACAUGUAAUUUCCAAAAAAAAAUAACCUAUGGGCAUAACGUCACUGGGCACAUGCCCUAUUGCCAAGACAGAGUUUGCCAGUGUAUUCUAAUCUAUUCUGUCACUGGCAUCUUUAGUUCUAGAACAAAUAAGUUCUGGAACAAACAGCAAAAGUGUUUUAGUCUUACCCAGAAUGCAUUCCAGUGUGCGCAUGGAACACUUUCUGUUGAAUACAUCUCCCAGAAUGCAUUGCGUCACUUUAGUUUCGUAGUGAAUGUUGUCACAUCUGACCGAAAUAAAAAUUGGUUCUGCUCGGUGCAUGCGUAACUGGCAAACGUCUCUUGCGAUGAAUUAUGUGCCUCAAUUUACAUGAGAAUACACAAAAAUCACGACAAUAUUCCCCAUUUACAGAUGACAUGAUCGACAGGUAAACAACUCAGCAACAGGGUAUUGGUAAAACAAUAUUGGUACAUGUAAGUGGAUAGAUUCUGUAUGACGUCAAAAAAAAAUGUUAAAAUUUGUUAGUACAUUGAACAAGUAUUGUGUGUCGUAACAAUUUGCGAGUGGGAACACUUUGGAAACGCGAGUACGAGUACUAAGACCCUGGACUUUCAGUUGAGUAUUUUUCCUGAUUAAUUAUGAGUACUGAGUUAGUUUGGAACUCACGUUACUCAAAAAAACAAACCACACUUCCGUUAUGCUGAUGACAUGUAAAAGUAAAAUUAAGCAUCUAGUAUUUAGGAUCGAUAUUUCUCUGUGUUGAUCUAACAGGGUUUACACACAGUGAUUUGUGUAUUGCACAUUGAUCGUGUGUUCCCAGCCCUGUUGGUGUCCUGUUUAAAGUUUGCCAGAACAUGGUUUGAAUCAGGCAGUUAUAUCUAUGGCUAUGGAUAACUGCAGCAGUGCGUUAAUGGCAACUGUCAGAGCCUUAGCCUCGAGGCUUGAUUCAGACUUGGUCUACGGCUAGCAGAAAGCUCUAGUCUGGUGACAUGAGUUCAAGAUAAGGUCUUAAUAAUGUCUCGCCUUCUGAGCACCAGACGGAAACUUGAGGUGGAAAAUCAUUCCCAGUGCCUCAAAGUUUCUUCCACCAGAUUGUAGCAUUAACCUAUAUUUUUUGGUUGUUCAAAUUUUACAAUAAAUUUUGUGGGGAAAAAAAGCCUUCUCAACUAACCUGUACAAAAAUUUACAAAGACUGUAGAUUGUAUCACAGCUAUGCACUGCCUUGAGGAAAAAGUUCAGAGUUUUUACGUGCAACUGGUCGUUUUUAGUCAAGCACUGUUUUUUUCUGACAUUCGACUUGGCCACAGUAAAUUGAAUUUGUGUUUCCCCAUAGGUGUUGGGUUUUGAACUCUGAACUUUUUCUUCCACAUGUAAAUUUUAAUACUCCAAUGUGUGCGUGUGAACCCACUGUCAUCCCGUUGUGCGCUAAUUCCGACUCGUCGCCCGUUCUUAGUAGUUGUUGCUAAAUUGUACUCCUCGAUAGUGUUCUCUCUUGCCAGUUGCUAAAUUAUAUUCUUUGUUAUUUCGGUGCAAAGUUACAAACUUUUAUGAGGGAAGGGGAUUUGUGUUAUGUACAAAAGCCCCAAAGCCACUGAAUGCCCCUGUUUUUGUUAUACAUGUAUAUGUACUAGUCAUGCAUAGAUAUAUUUUUCCGACAGUCAUUUUUGUAGCUCUUUAAACGUUCAUUUCUUUGGUUGAACUCUUUUGUAAGUAUUACACAGUUCCGUUUUCGUGAUGUUCUAGUUCAGUGAUGUCAAUAAAUUGCGAAAGACCCGAAA